GGCGCACCGAAGCGGUGCGAACUGACAACGGAAAGACAGGCAGUCUGUUUAUUCCAAUUUUCUCUGAACGCAACCUUAGUUCUUAGCCAAGCAGUUGUUUCAACUGCAUGGCUUGGAUUUUUUAACUGCAUCGAGCUAUUAUUUUGUUUAUUUGAGUGGUAUUUCAAAGGCAACAUCAUGUACGAAGUGGAUGACGAUAAUUUUGAAGAUGAGGAGAUGGAAGAAAUUUCGUCGGAGCUGUGGCAAGAAGCUUGUUGGAUUGUCAUCAACGCCUACUUUGACGAAAAGGGCUUGGUCCGGCAGCAGUUGGAUUCUUUCGAUGAAUUCAUUCAGAUGUCCGUUCAGCGUAUAGUUGAAGAUUCACCACAGAUUGAUCUUCAAGCAGAAGCACAGCAUACAUCUGGAGAGAUUGAAACACCGCCCCGAUACCUUCUGAAGUUUGAGCAGAUCUACCUUUCUAAACCAACUCAUUGGGAGAAAGAUGGUGCUCCCUCUCCUAUGAUGCCCAAUGAAGCAAGGUUGAGAAAUCUCACCUAUUCUGCACCGUUGUAUGUCGAUAUCACUAAGACUAUUGUAAAAGAAGGAGAGGAACCUAUUGAAACUCAACACUCUAAAACUUUCAUUGGUAAAAUUCCUAUUAUGCUUCGGUCAACAUAUUGCCUGCUAAAUGGACUGACUGAUCGUGAUUUGACUGAAUUAAAUGAAUGUCCGUUGGACCCUGGUGGCUACUUUAUUAUUAACGGAUCAGAGAAGGUUCUAAUUGCUCAGGAAAAAAUGGCUACAAAUACUGUCUAUGUGUUCUCAAUGAAAGAUGGAAAGUUUGCCUACAAAUGUGAAAUUCGUUCAUGCCUGGAACAUUCCUCUCGACCAACGUCCACACUUUGGGUCAACAUGAUGGCCAGAGGUGGACAGAGCAUCAAAAAGUCUGCCAUCGGUCAACGUAUCAUUGCUAUCCUUCCAUACAUCAAGCAAGAAAUUCCUAUCAUGAUUGUUUUUCGUGCCCUUGGGUUUGUCGCAGAUCGUGAUAUUCUAGAACACAUUAUCUAUGAUUUCGAUGACCCUGAAAUGAUGGAAAUGGUGAAACCAUCCCUAGAUGAGGCUUUUGUCAUUCAAGAACAAAAUGUUGCCUUGAACUUCAUUGGUGCUCGUGGUGCAAGGCCUGGUGUCACCAAAGAAAAACGUAUCAAGUAUGCUAAGGAAAUCUUGCAAAAGGAAAUGUUACCUCAUGUUGGUGUGUCUGAUUUCUGUGAAACAAAGAAAGCUUAUUUCUUAGGGUACAUGGUGCACAGAUUGCUCCUUGCAGCGCUGGGUCGCCGCGAGUUAGAUGACCGGGAUCAUUAUGGCAACAAACGGCUUGAUCUUGCUGGUCCCUUGCUAGCCUUUCUUUUCAGAGCACUUUUCAAGAAUCUCAUGAAAGAAGUGCGCAUGUACGCCCAGAAAUUUAUUGAUCGAGGAAAAGAUUUCAAUCUUGAGCUGGCUAUCAAAACAAAGAUCAUUACUGAUGGUUUACGUUAUUCCCUUGCCACUGGCAACUGGGGUGAUCAGAAGAAAGCCCAUUUGGCAAGAGCUGGUGUCUCUCAGGUGUUGAACAGACUCACUUUUGCUUCAACUUUAUCACAUCUUCGGCGUGUCAAUUCCCCCAUUGGUCGAGAUGGUAAACUUGCCAAACCUCGUCAGUUGCACAAUACACUGUGGGGAAUGGUGUGCCCUGCUGAGACACCUGAGGGUGCUGCUGUAGGACUUGUGAAAAAUCUUGCUCUUAUGGCAUAUAUUUCUGUCGGAUCUCAGCCAUCUCCUAUUUUGGAGUUCUUGGAAGAGUGGAGUAUGGAAAAUUUGGAAGAAAUUGCACCAUCUGCCAUAGCAGAUGCCACAAAAAUAUUUGUAAAUGGGUGCUGGGUUGGUAUUCACAGAGAUCCUGAACAGCUCAUGGCCACCUUGAGAAAACUUCGUCGACAGAUGGACAUUAUUGUAUCAGAAGUGUCGAUGAUCCGAGAUAUUCGAGACCGUGAAAUCCGAAUUUACACUGAUGCUGGCCGAAUUUGUAGACCUUUGUUGAUUGUGGAGAACAGUCAGUUGUUGCUCAAAAAGAGAAACAUUGACCAGUUAAAAGAAAGAGAUUACAAUAAUUAUGGGUGGCAAAUGCUGGUUGCUAGUGGAGUGGUGGAGUACAUUGAUACUCUUGAAGAAGAAACUGUAAUGAUUGCAAUGUCUCCUGAUGAUCUAAGGCAAGACAAGGAAUAUGCCUACUGUACAACUUACACCCAUUGUGAAAUCCACCCUGCCAUGAUUUUGGGUGUUUGUGCAUCCAUUAUUCCUUUCCCUGAUCACAACCAAAGUCCCCGUAAUACAUAUCAGAGUGCCAUGGGUAAACAAGCUAUGGGAGUGUACAUUACAAAUUACCAUGUCCGGAUGGACACCCUAGCUCAUGUACUCUACUACCCACACAAGCCCUUGGUCACAACUCGUUCUAUGGAAUACCUUCGGUUCCGAGAACUUCCUGCUGGAAUCAAUUCGGUUGUUGCCAUUCUGUGCUAUACUGGCUACAACCAAGAAGACAGUGUCAUUUUGAAUGCUACUGCCGUUGAACGAGGCUUUUUCCGAUCUGUUUUCUACCGAUCAUACAAAGAUGCUGAGUCUAAAAGAAUUGGUGACCAAGAGGAACAAUUUGAGAAACCUAAUCGCAACAAUUGUCAGGGCAUGCGUAAUGCCAUCUAUGACAAGUUGGAUGACGAUGGUAUCAUUGCUCCUGGACUUCGAGUAUCUGGUGAUGACGUAGUCAUUGGAAAAACAAUUACGCUCCCUGAAACAGAUGAUGAUUUGGAGGGCACCACUCGGCGUCACACCAAGCGAGAUGCCAGUACCUUCUUACGUAACAGUGAAACUGGUAUUGUAGAUCAAGUUAUGCUCACAUUAAACUCUGAAGGCUACAAAUUCUGUAAAAUCCGAGUGAGGUCUGUUCGUAUUCCUCAAAUUGGUGACAAGUUCGCUUCUCGGCAUGGGCAAAAGGGAACAUGUGGUGUGCAGUACCGUCAGGAGGACAUGCCUUUUACAUGUGAAGGACUUACACCUGAUAUUAUCAUCAAUCCCCAUGCUAUCCCAUCAAGAAUGACAAUUGGUCACUUGAUUGAGUGCCUCCAAGGAAAGGUGUCAUCCAACAAGGGAGAAAUUGGUGAUGCAACACCUUUCAAUGAUGCUGUUAACGUACAAAAAAUUUCACAGCUUCUGCAAGAUUAUGGAUAUCACUUGAGAGGCAAUGAAGUUAUGUACAAUGGACACACUGGGCGCAAAAUUAAUGCCCAAGUCUUCUUGGGACCCACAUAUUAUCAACGUUUGAAGCACAUGGUGGAUGACAAAAUUCACUCAAGGGCUCGUGGACCUGUUCAAAUUUUAGUUCGACAACCUAUGGAAGGCAGAGCUCGUGAUGGAGGACUUCGAUUUGGAGAGAUGGAACGAGAUUGUCAAAUUGCCCAUGGUGCCGCGCAGUUCCUUCGUGAGCGCUUGUUUGAAGUAUCAGAUCCCUACCGCAUUCAUGUCUGCAACUUCUGUGGUUUAAUAGCCAUAGCUAAUCUGCGAAACAACACAUUUGAGUGCAAAGGGUGUAAAAAUAAGACUCAGAUCUCUCAAAUUCGCCUUCCUUAUGCUGCUAAAUUAUUAUUCCAAGAACUGAUGUCCAUGAAUAUAGCACCUCGUCUCCUGGUCACUCAAUAGGAUUUUCUCUUGUAACCUGACAAAACCCUUCUUGGGUUCAAAAUCAUUUAUUAAUAAUAAGAAUUGUAGGAUUAUUUCCCGCCAAUCGUUCAUUCAUUGAUUUUAUGCAUUCAUUCUGUACAAAGUCCAUUGCCACAAAACUGAAAAUAAAUGGAACAUCUGUAAAUA